CGGACGCGGGAACGGUGUCGCCCCCAGCCUGCUGGGUGCCGCAGCUUCUCCGGCCCGGCCUUUCCUGGAGGAUGGUGGGAGCGAGAUGAGCCCUGGCCCGGAGCCGCCGCCAGCCCCGGCCCAGAAGGAGAAGGAGGCGGCGAAGCCGCCAUCAUCGUCGUCGUCGAGAGAGAGGGGCGGCUGCAUCAAGCUCGUGAAGAGGGUCGGCGUGAAGGCGGGCGGUGGCGCGCAACAAGGUCGGCCAAGCAUAUACCAUGCAGUAGUGGUGAUAUUUCUAGAAUUCUUUGCCUGGGGGCUCUUGACAACUCCAGUGCUAACUGUAAUCUUACAUGAAACAUUUUCCCACCAUACAUUUUUAAUGAAUGGUCUUACUCAGGGUGUUAAGGGUUUUUUGUCCUUUCUCAGUGCUCCACUAAUAGGUGCUCUAUCAGAUACAUGGGGAAGAAAAUAUUUUCUCCUUCUUACUGUUUUCUUCACCUGUGCCCCAGUUCCGUUAAUGAGAAUAAAUCCAUGGUGGUACUUCGCUAUGAUUUCGUUAUCUGGAAUAUUUUCUGUUACUUUUUCUGUAAUAUUUGCCUAUGUAGCUGAUGUAACACAAGAACAUGAAAGAAUUACAGCCUAUGGACUGGUAUCUGCCACCUUUGCAGCAAGCUGUACUAGUCCUGCCAUUGGAGCAUACCUGUCUGCCAGCUAUGGAGAUAACCUGGUUGUACUAGUGGCAGUUCCACCAUUGGUGGCAGUUGUGGACAUCUGCUUCAUCCUGCUGGCUGUACCAGAAUCUUUGCCAGAAAAAAUGAGAUCUGCUUCAUGGGGAGCUUCUAUAUCAUGGGAACAAGCAGACCCUUUUGCAUCUCUGAAGAACAUUAGAAAAGAUUCUACUGUUCUCCCAAUCUUUGUUACAGUGUUUCUCUCCUAUCUGCCUGAAGCUGGUCAGUAUUCCAGCUUUUUUGUGUCCUUGCGACAGAUUAUAGGUUUUGGAUCUGCAGGCAUUGCAGCAUUUAUAGCUGUGUUAGGCAUUCAGUCUAUAGUAGUUCAGACUGUGUUUCUCAGUAUCUUGAUGAAGUCAAUUGGGAACAAAAAUACAGUUCUCCUUGGCCUUGACUUUCAGAUCUUUCAGUUGGCUUGGUAUGGUUUUGGAUCUCAGUCUUGGAUGAUGUGGGCAGCAGGAGCUGUAGCAGCAAUGUCAAGCAUUAUGUUCCCAGCAAUCAGUGCUCUGGUUUCACGAAAUGCAGAGUCAGAUCAACAAGGUGUUGUCCAAGGAAUAAUAACUGGAAUAAGAGGACUGUGCAAUGGCCUGGGGCCAGCACUAUAUGGCUUUAUUUUCUUUCUCUUUGAUGUGGAGCUCAAUGAAUUGCCACCUGAGCAGUCUUCUGGAAAAAAAGCAGUGCAUGGUCCCAGUGAUGAGAGGGGAAUCAUUCCUGGUCCACCCUUCCUGGUUGGAGCAUGCAUUGUUCUUCUGGCAUUUCUAGUCACCUUAUUUAUUCCUGAGCACAGCAAAGCCGACAGUACUAGAAAACACAGCAACAGCAUCAGCCAUACUCUGAGUAACAACCUAGACCAAAGUUGUGAAGAGGACAUUGAACCAUUGCUGCAAAAUAGCUGUGUAUAAAGGUUAGCUUCUGAGGAGACACUGGAAUAAAUUCACGCACAGCUCUGAAAACCUGGUGGGUUGUGCAGAGUGUCUGGUAUCUAAAAGGAAUGCAGCUGUGCACAAGGGAAGGUCACAUGCUGUAUGAUACUUGAGGUUGAUACCAUAUUUCCAUGAGGUUUGUUUAGCAUUGCAGUUCACAGGUGUGGUUCUACCCAAUAUUGGACUGCAAAUUGUAUGUCAAAUCCUAGUACUGGGUAGAGACCUGAAUAUGCAGACAUAAUGGAAUUUUUUUAGAGAUUUGAAUGUUCAGUUCUCAAAGUUGUUUGCAAAAUAGUCAGUUUUGAGACAGAAUGGUUUCUGCCACCACUGUUAAAGGUUGUUUUGUGUUUCUUACGCCAUUUAUCCGCAUGUAUACCACAUGUAGCCCUCACAAUGUAAGAGGGACAUACCCCUAAUUUUGGUAUCUGAAAUAGUUGUUAUCAAUAAAAGCAAUUAAAUUACCUGAAGACACACUCUCAAAUAUUAUUUAGUACCGAGAAGUCCAGUGGUAUUCAGAAGGCACCAGGAUAACUUCUGAGGGUCUGCGAUCACACAUUACAGUCAUUACCCAGAAACUAAGGUCAUAUUGAAGUCUUACACCCACAUGCCAAAAAAAUCAGUUUGAAUAGUUAAAGCGGAUCCAGAUGGUAACUGAGAGCACUGGUCACAUGAAUGUUUUUCUGAUAAAUAAAAAUAAAAUAGAAUUUUAGUUAUAAAAUGAGCAGUAUCAGAAAUGUCGACACUCCUGAUUUCUGAAGCAGGAAAACCAGUGGUUGCCAGAGAAGUUUACGUCAAGAAAUAUGUAUAUUUAUUGCAUUUUGUCAUUUUAUUAUCUGUCAUAUGAAAAUAAUCUUUCCUGUUAAUUCUUUUCAAUCCUACCUUAACUGCUACUUACUGUUCAGUUAUUAAUAAUAAUUUGCCUUUGUAUCACUGUCUUACCUUCUGAAUCUGAUGGAUAAAUUAAUAUCAAAUUUCAUUUCUAAAAGAUGAUUUAAAGGAGUUACGAAUGGCUACAAGUGUGCUAAUUUUUAGAACAUUUUAUGAAGAAUACACAGAUUUAUAUGUAUUUUGCUGCAGUUAAAUGGACCAUUACAUCCAAUUUUAAUGAAGUACUCCUAUGAAUAUUUUAUCUGUAUGCAAUAUAUGUAGAUAUUUGUAACAAGUUUUAAUAUUCCCAGAUGGGAUGGUGUGUAAAUCAUGUGUUUAUAAAUAUAUUUGAGGAUACUGACAGUUAAAGGGCUAUGUAUUGACUGAACAAAUUUUAAAUAUAUAUAUUUUGAAACUUGUUCCACAUUGAGCAGAGAUGACAAAACCUUUUGUACUAUGCAUUUUGUUUUUUAAGUUAAUAAGCUCCCUGAUGCAUAAUAAAUCUGUAUCUUAAGCUUUC